AUGGAGGUCUACGUAGACGACAUGCUAGUAAAAGCUCUCGAACGAGCAGACCACAUCGAGAAUCUUGCCGAGGCAUUCAUCCUACUUCGAAAAUACAACAUGAAGUUGAACUCGAGCAAAUGCACAUUUGGAGUCUCGUCCGGUCGAUUCCUUGGAUACUUAGUCACCCAAAGAGGAAUUGAGGCACAUCCAAAUCAAAUAAAGGCUAUACUCAACAUGAAGUCACCUGCCAUAACAAAGGAGAUACAAAGUCUAACGAGUAGGGCGACAGCUCUCAACCGAUUCCUCUCUAGAUCUACCGACAAAUUCAGGCCAUUUUUCAAAGCCUUGAAGAAGGGACACAAAGACAAGUGGGAUGACGAGUGUGAAGUAGCUUUUCAAAACUUGAAAACUUACCUCAUUUCACCUCCAUUGCUCUCAAAGCCGAUACCAGGCGAAGACGUCUCUCAUCUGAGAAGAGCUGGGGGCACAACAUCCGGUAUUCUACGCUUCAAAAGCUCUCCUCGAUGUAGAGACUCGCUAUCCGAAAAUGGAGAAGCUCAUUUUUUCGCUUGUGGUUCUGCGAGAAAACUAAGGCUCUACUAUCAAGCACACCGGAUUAUUGUCAUAACAGAAUUUCCUUUGAGAUCGAUCCUUCACAGCCCCGACGCUUCUCAGCGACUCAUGAAAUGGGCUAUCGAACUCAGUCAAUACAACCUCCUCUAUCGGCAGAAGACUGCUAUAAAAGCCCAAGCUUUAGCAGAUUUUGUUGUAGAGUUUACUCCGACAGCCGAAGAAGAGAAGAUGGUCACGAAAAGCAAGGAAAAAGCGGACGACACCUCCCCCACCGAUUCGAACCUACCUAACGACAUGUGGCAGUUGCAUGUAGACGGAGCAUCAAAUCACAAAGGAGCGGGAGCAGGAGUCGUCAUAAUCACCCCAGACGGAACCUUUUGGAACAAGCUAUCACACUAG